AUGGAGGUGGGUGAUGGAGACCCUGAGGGGUGGCCCAGAAAACCGGGUGGAGAAACAAGGCCCGGAGCGACCAAGAGGUUAAAGCCCGAGGUCAUUCACAGGGUUAGUGGUCGCACCCAGCCUGGAGCCCCGGUGGUCCCGGCUUCGCGCCCUGCCGACCACCUCCCCCUCUCGCAGGAGGCGGCGGCGGGGUGGGCGGAACGCAAGCUCUGCAGCGGGACGGUGCUGGGCCCCAUGCUGGGCGCUCCCACUUACCAGCUGCGUGACCUUGGACAAGUGUCUUCGCCUCUCUGCCUACGUCUCCUCACCAGUGAAAUGAGGACACAGCGCAAGCUCGCAGGGCGCGCGCUGGGCCCCGGGGCGCCGUCUGCCAAGGAGGAGUCCUUCAGUCUGUGCUACCUCUCUCUACUCGACACGGCCGUGGAGCUUGAACUCCCAGAGUACCAAGGCCCCCGCCUUCCCCAAAGACAGCGAGUGCCCAUCUUCCCACAGCCCCUCAUCACUGACCGUGCCCGCUGCAAAUACAGUCACAAGGACAUAGUAGCCGAGGGGCUGCGCCAGCUUCUGGGGGAAGAAAAAUACCGCCAGGACCUGACUGUACCUCCAGGCUACUGCACAGACUUCCUGCUCUGUGUUGGUAGUUCUGGUGCUGUGCUACCUGUGAGGACACAAGACCCCUUCCUGCCCUACCCACCACGGUUCUGCCAACAGGACCAGGCUGACUCUAACCCCACAACCCAAGACUCCACCCAAAGGGUAGUGUUGAUGCUGCGAGAGCGCUGGCAUUUCUGCCGUGAUGGCAGGGUGCUGCUGGGCUCUCGGGCCCUGAGGGAGCGGCACCUGGGCCUGAUGGGCUACCAACUCCUGCCGCUGCCAUUUGAAGAACUGGAGUCUCAGAGAGGCCUGCCUCAGCUCAAGAGCUACCUGAGGCAGAAACUUCAGGCCUUAGGCCUCCGCUGGGGACCUGAGGGUGGGUGAGGGAGUACACAGGGCUCAGGAUGGAUCCCCUAUGGAGUGGAGGGGGUGCGUUUGCACUUUGGCUCCCUGUUGGUUUUUACAUUAAAAUCCCUUUCCUUCCC